AAAUACUUUCCACUCUACGCACCGAAAGAUGUCGCCAAAGAGUUGUCCAUUGAAUUCAGUAAUAUUAAAGCCGAAGAAGACGUUUGCUUUACUCUCAACUACUAUUCUUCGGGAACGUCGACAAUAACCGUCACUUCGACCGAAGCGGGAAGUGUUGGACUCGUAUUGAACGCUCUGACCGACGGUUCCCAAUGGAAUCAACAGUAUAUAUGCGGUUCAUAUCUAACCCACGCAUACACUGCAGCCAAAGCGGUUAAAAUUAACAUUAAAAGUAGUGACAUUCACGCCGGUAUUAACAUCGGUCCAGUGCUGGCCAUUCACAACACAUUUAUCGAUCAACCGGUACUUUCACAUUAUAACAGGAAAGUCGAUAAAACAGCCGUAAAGACUGAGUGGCCGAUUGUUAUUGGACUUAAGGAUAAUUGGAUAUACGACGAGAAAUAUAAUGAUGUUAAAUUUGCGAGUAAUACAUUGAACGCUUAA